GAUAGAUCAAUAGAUAUUGCUGAAUUUUUUGUUUAAAAAGGGUAAAAAAUAAAUUGAUGAAUAGGGAACACCCAAUUAGAACCGAAUGUAAGUAAUAAUCUAAGCAUUCAAGAAAUUUGAUAAGGAUAAUUUAGGUUAUAUUAUGGCUGAUGAUUUCAAAGGAAUUUUCAAUGCAAAAAAUCAUCAAAAACUUAUAAGAGGAGAACUGACUGAUGAUUAAGCUUAUAUUGAAUUAUUGCAAUAUUUUAAGAAAGGAAAUAAAUCUGGCCAGAUAACUUUAGAUGUACUAAUAUAAAUUUAAAAGUUAGGAAUUGAAAGAAUACUAUGCUGCAGUUAGUGCUGAUAUUGAAUUAGAUGAGAAUUUUAUAACUUUAAUUAAAGAAACAUGGAGACUAAAAUGA